UGGGUUGGCUAAAAUGUAAUUUCGAUAGCAGUUUCCGAAAGGAGACUAUGACUGCUGGAAUAGGAUGGAUAGUGCGAGAUGAAAAUGGUCAUUUUUUGAAAGCGGGCAUGGUUAUCCAAGAGAAUGUUACGUCCCCUCUUCAGGCUGAGGCUCUUGCGUUUUUAUAUGCUUUACAGCAGGUUUGGAUUAAUGGAUGGCGAAGGGUAUGGUUUGAGGGAGAUAGUUCCGAGCUUGCUAGAAUCAUUAAUACGAUGGAACAAGAUCAUGUUUCCUUGGGAAACAUACUUUAUGAUAUUCGACAUUGGAUGUCAAAGUUAACAUGGUGCUCGCUGGAAAGUGUGCAUAGGGAGCAUAAUAUGGCUGCUGACGUUUUAUCUAAACACAUAAUGCGACUUAAUGUGUCUGUAGUUGUUCUUAAUUCACCACCUUGUUGGUUGGUUAACUAUUUGUAUUGGCCUUAUACAGUUUAAACUUCAGUAAUAAAAGCUAGUUGAUUAAAAAAAAAAAAGAAUUCGUUGGAAACUAAAAAUAUAUGGGAUAUUGUAUUUUGCCUUCAUUAUAGCAAAGAUAUCUAUCUAUCCACGGAUCGCGUGGUGCGACGUUUCGGGACGCCACGUCAUAAGGAGCAGAGAAUAUUUGGCGGGUUCUAUAAUAAAGGCGGCGAGAGGAGUUCGCACGUCUCCAUUUUAUCGGUGAGCACGACAAAACUAGGCGAUGGCGAUCAAUGACGUGGCGGCUAACGACGAUGCAUCUAUCCCUCUGAUAAAUUCUCCGUCCUCUCGAGACAGGACUUCUGCUAUUCAGACGCUCGGAAACAUUAUAGUCUCUAUCGUCGGUACAGGCGUCCUUGGCCUCCCUUACGCAUUUCGCGUCGCUGGAUGGUUUGCUGGCUCUCUCGGCGUCAUUAUCAUCGGUUUCGCCACAUAUUACUGCAUGCUCCUCCUCGUUCAGUGCAGAGAUAAGCUAGAAUCAGAAGAAGGACAAGAAGAUUCAAAAACGUAUGGUGACUUAGGAUUCAAAUGCAUGGGAACAAAAGGUCGAUACCUGACCGAGUUUCUCAUAUUCACUGCUCAAUGCGGUGGAUCAGUAGCGUAUCUAGUGUUCAUAGGACGUAACCUCUCAUCCAUAUUCAGCUCAUAUGGAUUAACCAUGGUCUCUUUCAUCUUGAUUCUCGUUCCAAUCGAGGUUGCAUUAUCAUGGAUCACUUCUUUAUCAGCUCUCUCGCCUUUCAGCAUCUUUGCCGAUAUAUGCAACAUCAUCGCCAUGUGUUUCGUCGUGAAAGAAAACGUGGAGAUGGUGGUUGGAGGAGACUUCUCGUUUAGUGACAGAACAGCUAUUGCGUCUACCGUUGGUGGUUUACCGUUUGCUGGAGGAGUUGCUGUGUUUUGUUUUGAAGGUUUUGCAAUGACGCUGGCUCUUGAAGGGUCUAUGAGGGAGAGAGAAGCUUUCCCUAAGUUGUUAGGUAAAGUGCUUGCUGGGAUUACGUUUGUCUACGUGUUGUUUGGGUUUUGUGGUUAUAUGGCUUAUGGAGAUGAAACUAAGGAUAUCAUCACGCUUAACCUCCCAAAUAAUUGGUCUGCCAUCGCUGUGCAGAUUGGCUUAUGUAUGGGAUUGACGUUUACAUUCCCGAUCAUGGUACAUCCGCUUAACGAGAUCAUAGAGCAGAAACUGAAAAGGAUCGGGUGCCUUCAAAAACAUCGUCAUCAUUAUCAUCACGAGACAAGUUCAGUCUCCAAAUAUGUAAUCUUCACCACGAGGAUGCUUUUGGUGGUAGGACUCGCAGGAAUCGCGUCCCUAGUCCCGGGAUUUGGUACAUUUGCAUCUCUGGUUGGAAGUACAGUGUGUGCACUCAUUUCAUUUGUGUUACCUGCUUCCUAUCACCUCACUCUGCUCGGUCCAUCUCUAAAUCUAUGGAACAAAUCUGUUGAUGUGUUCAUCGUGAUUUGCGGUUUGCUCUUUGCUGUCUAUGGUACAUACAACACCGUCGCUGGAUUGUAAAAGAAAAAAGAAAACAAGUGAAUCUGUGUAAAACGAACACAUCAACCGAAUUUACAUGAAGCUAUCCGCUGUUGUAUGAUCAUUAAAUUGGAUGUCAAUAGAAAUGGUGACAACAUAUUUUUUGCUAGUUCCCACGAAAUCAUGAUUGGUUGUAUUUAAAUGUUUACUUGGACAGACAUAGAUCAUCAAACUCUAUACACAAGUUUACAGUCUUUAUAUAAGUCUAUAACCAACUGUCUCAUCAGUGGCAGAUCUAGAAAAAAUAAUUAGUGGAGGCAAAAGUAUACAAUAUAUAUAUAUAUAUAUUAUUUUAAAUAAAAUUAUAAUACACCUUUUUAGUUUUAUAAAAUAUACUAAAUAAAAAAGCUUCUAAAAUUCAAAAAAAAUCUCAAAAUAGAAGCAUAAUUUAAAUUUGCAUUUUACAUGAUUCUCAAUUUUUUUUUAAAAAAAAUAAAUCUUAUCAAAAUCCAAAUAAAUCAAACAUAUUACAAACUAUAGCUUUCCAAAGGUUCUAACUUUCCUACUAAUGUUACUGCUGUCUUUGUUAAAAAAUUCUUCCUGAUUACAUGUUUGAUAUACUUAUGUUUAACGUAAUAUGUUACAUUGAUUUGAUAAUGGUAGAAAAAAAAAGACACAAAUGUUUAUUUAGGAUUUUUUUGUCCAGAUAGUUUUAUUGAUUAAUAUAAAAUACAAAAAUAGUGAGCAUCAAAAUGCUAUUUAGAAAUAAAGUUAUCUGACUAUUUUAUCUUUCUGAAAUAUAAAAUUACUAUUUUGAUAAAUAGAUUAAAAUUUGAAACAUAGAAAAAGAUUUUUUUAAAAAUAGUGAAUAUAAAUUUUUAAAAGUAAAGUAACCAUAAAACAUACAAUAAAAAAUUAAAAGGAAAUUAGUGAAUUUAAUUAAACUUCAUAGAUUUUCAUCAGUUUUGAAUUUUUAUACAAAAGUUUUGAAAAAUAUCAAUUUUCUUUAAAAUGAUUACAUUUGAUAUAAAUGUUUUUUUAAGCAACAUUUUAUAAAUGUUGACGUGCUUUCCCCGUAAAAUGUUGUUUCAUCUUAUUCAUUUGAAUUGUUAGCUUUUUGACAUCAAACCCUUAGUUAAAAAGCUGAACAAAACUAUGAUGGCAACAUUUAAGAUUCCAAACAUUCGUAUUAAUCUCGUUAGAGCUUAUAACCAACAUAUAAGCCACAUGUGUCGUCACGUUCUAAAAUUAAAGAUGGUCAAGCUCAAUGAUAUAUCAAGAAUUAAUAUUUUAUAUGUUAAAAUUAUAAAAUAGGAUUCAAGAAGAUAUAGUGAAAAUAUGGUAUCAAAGAUGGAUGAUGCUAAAAAGUUAGAUAUCCAUAUAUUACUCUACAUUUAUCUAAUAUGCCAUUUUAAGUUAAUUUUGAAUAGUGAAGACAGUACUAGCUAGGUU